AUGGAGCAGGUGAGAGAACUACCUUACCCUGCCUCUCAUAGCAUGGAGCAGGUGAGAGAACUACCUUACCCUGCCUCUCAUAGCAUGGAGCAGUUUGAGAAAGAUGUCCGCAGUGGCACUAUUUCUCUAUUUUACGCAAAAUGCAUUCGUCCUCAUUGUAAUAUAUCGAUUAACUGUGGUUUCGUAGUUUAUAGAUUCGCUAGCGUCUUUCCGUCACUAAGUCAUGAUGUCAGGAGAACCUUCGAUGUUUUUAUUGAACCUGCAGAGCACAGUAGUCUCUCAACCCUCACCAUCUUAGCCCUCACUAUCUCAGCUCUCACCACCUCAGCCCUCACCAUCUCACCCCUCACGCAUGCACUCUCAGCUCAGCCCUCAUCACCUCACCUCUUCAACCCCAAUCUCGGCCCUAAAGUUCCAGUCCUGAAGUUCCAGCUCAUAGCACCAGCAACCAGCUCACCAGUCAACCAGCAAGACACAACCAGAUCACAGUACCAGCAACCAGCUCACAGUACCAACAACCAGCUCAUAGCACCAGCAACCAGCUCACAGCACCAGCAACCAGCUCACAGUACCAACAACCAGCUCAUAGCACCAGCAACCAGCUCACAGUACCAACAACCAGCUCACAGUACCAACAACCAGCUCACAGUACCAACAACCAGCUCACAGUACCAACAACCAGCUCACAGUACCAACAACCAGCUCAUAGAACCAGCAGCCGGCUCACAGUACCAACAACCAGCUCACAGUACCAACAACCAGCUCACAGUACCAACAACCAGCUCACAGUACCAACAACCAGCUCACAGUACCAACAACCAGCUCACAGUAACACCAGCAACCCAGCUCACAGUACCAACAACCAGCUCACAGUACCAACAACCAGCUCAAGACCAACAACCAGCUCACAGUACCAACAACCAGCUCACAGUACCAACAACCAGCUCACAGUACCAACAACCAGCUCACAGUACCAACAACCAGCUCAUAGCACCAGCAGCCGGCUCACAGUACCAACAACCAGCUCACAGUACCAACAACCAGCUCACAGUACCAACAACCAGCUCACAGUACCAACAACGCUCGUCACACCAGCUCAGUACCAACAACCAGCUCACAAACUCGAUCCGCCAUAACCUGUCGCUACACAACCGGUUCAUGCGGGUUCAGAAUGAGGGGACGGGCAAGUCGUCUUGGUGGGUUCUGAACCCAGACGCUAAGCCUGGUAAAUCAACGCGACGGCGAGCCAACACGAUGGAAGGCGGCCGCUAUGAGAAGAAGAGGGGCAGAGUGAAGAAGAAGCUGGAGGCACUGAGAAACGGUCUGGACACUACGCCGUCGCCUUCGUCAUCGUUGAGUGAGAGUCUAGACCUGUACCCGGACUCUCCUCACACCCACUCGGUCCACCCCGCCUUCAGCCAACUCUCCCCGCAAGACUAUCGUCCCAGAGCCUCCUCCAACGCCUCCUCCUGCGGCAGACUCUCACCCAUCCCCGCGAUAGAGUCCGAUAUGCACGAUUCACAAGUGCCACCCAUGUCUCCUGGUAUAGGUGGGUGGGGCGGCGAGUACUGGCCGCACCACGCCCACGCCCACCCCCAUCCGCACGACCGCUACGCCGACCAGCUGGUGGACUCCAUGGGGGAAGGGCUCAAGCUGGGGGCAGACUCUUGGGGUGGUCCGGCGCGACCCCAGAACCCUCAGGACUGUAUGAAGCUCUCCCAGCUCUCCCCACAUGGACCUCCCACCCCCCACAUGAACGGCUACGUCCCACACCAUCACCACACUCAUCACCAACAGGGAUUCAACACCUUUGAGGACUUUCAUCGGUUUGGUGGUCACAACCCGCACGGAGCAGCCUUCCCACACCCGCCCACUCCACACCCACCUACGCCCCACCCGCCCACACCGCACCAGGACAAGAUGACCACGCCUACACGCCCACACCCGCACAACAACUACUCCCUGACCAGUCUACAGGCCAUGUCGCCGGCGCACAGCGUCCACAGUCUGUCGCCGACGCAGCCACUAGGGGAGGGCCAUUACCCUGGGCCUGGAGGCGAAGCCCACCAGCCCACCAACAACUAUCCAACACCUCCCACCUCACAACCCCCGCACACUGCCCACUCCGCCCAUUCUGCGUCCAACAGUGAGCCAAAUAUGCUCAGGGCAGCACUAACCCAUCGGGAACAACAGCAGCAGCAGCAGCAGCAGUCACACAGCGGUAGCCCUGGGAGCAGCGACUCUGGGGGCGGGCCGGGCACUGGUGGCAGCGGUGUGUCUGGGGGUGGUGCGGGAGGCCCCGUGCAUAUGCAGGACUUUGUGGACUUCGACACCCCCAUACAGGGCGGCCUGGACUGUAACGUGGAGGAGGUGAUCAAGCACGAGUUGCAGGUGGAGGGAAACUUGGACUUUUCCUUCCCACAAGCCCAUCACGGUCAUCACAUCCACGGUCACACACACGCCCAUGCCCACGCCCAUGCACACGCCCACUCUCACUCGCAUCCCGAUGCUCCAAUGGCAGCACCGCCGGGAAUGUCAUACCCCUGCUCGUCCAUUGCGGCGGGUAACCAGUGGGUGCGCUAGUGGGUGAGUACCUUC